UUCAGUCGUUACUCAAACGUGCAGAUAAUGUCCAAGCCCUACAAGGUACUAAUAGCACACACCGAUGUCCCGCCGGAGGGAAUCGAUAUCCUAAGGGAAAAGUGCGAAAUCCUGCAGGUCACAAGUGAACCGCCCAAUAAUCGGAUCGAAGUCCUGGAGAAGAUCAGGGGUUGCCAUGCCGCUGUUUGGGGUGGUCGAGAUCUUCUAAAUGCCGAGGUUUUGGAUGCUGCAGGUCCGCAAUUCAAGGCGGUAUCCACGAUGUCUUCCGGAAUAAAUAAUGUAGAUGUUCCGGAGCUGAAAAAGCGGGGCAUACCUCUGGGGAGUACUCCCGCCAUGCUAACCGUGGCGGUGGCCGAUCUAGCGGUGGGUUUACUUAUCGCUGCUGCUCGGAGAUUCCAGGAGGGACGAAGAAAGAUCGACAGAGACCAGUGGGAGAACUAUCACCUUAAUUGGCUUUUGGGCCAGGACAUUCGUGACUCCACCGUGGGUUUUUAUGGUUUUGGUGGCAUUGGUCAGGCUAUAGCCCAGCGUCUGUCCGGAUUCGAUAUCGAUCGUGUCUUGUACACCACCCGAAGUCGUGUUAGUCCGGAGAUCGAAGAAAAGUUUAAUGCCAAGAAGGUGGAUUUCGAUACGUUGCUGGCGGAAAGUGACUUCCUGGUCAUUGCGUGUCCUUUGACCCAGGAAACUCAGGGUCUGUUUGAUGCCACUGCCUUUAACAAGAUGAAGAAGACCACUGUGCUGGUCAACAUUGCCCGAGGCAAAAUUGUCAACCAGGAUGAUCUUUAUGAUGCUUUGAAAUCAAACCAAAUAUUUGCCGCAGGCUUGGAUGUCAUGGAUCCCGAACCCCUAAAGUCAACAGAUAAGCUGUUGGCAUUGGAUAAUGUUGUGGUUACUCCGCAUGUGGGUUAUGCUACGAAGCGAACCCGAAUCGAUGCUGCUUCCCUGGCUGCCCAUAACGUCCUGCGAGGAUUAGCUGGGGAGCCCAUGUUGUCACCCGCUUAUUAAAUGGAAAAUCUAUUGUUUUUUUAAUUAAAUUUUUGAAACCCAUAAAAAUAUUCUCCUCUAUUCGCUGGGACUACUAUUAGGAUCCUCUUUUACCAC